AUGGAGUUUGUUGACCGAAGAGAGUAUGUCGAGCGGCGACCAGAUGGUGAGCUCCAGUGGGUUCGUGCACCUCGUCGUAGGGAGCAUCGAACUUCAGGCGCUUGGGUGCGAGAGAGUCGUCGACGGAGGAGCUAUGCGGUGGCCGACAAUCCGGCGACUGAGAUGGCGCAGGAGAUGGUCUUGCAAGCAAAUCGUCUACAGCGAAAUCUCCCCUCUUUUCCUGAGGUUGAGUGCUUACUAAGGCUCUACGUUGCUACUGGUGAGGGACGAGGCGCUUACUUAGCUGCCAAAACAAAAAUGGAGGAAGAGAAAAAAUGGAGAAGCGAAAGUCGUUAUGGAGAUCGCGCUGAAGCCACCAGGAGAAGACAACGCUUUAACUCCAGGCAUCACGGGCCUCUACCGUCUUCGUCCGGGUCUUCCGACGAUGAUCGCUAUGAUGGAGAUGAUGGCUUAGGUGGGAGACCUCCACAUCGGCCACCUAGUGGAGGGCCAUCUGGGAGCCACCCAGAAGUCUACAGAGCACGGCCAGACGGUCGCCAUCCACCAGCAGUGCGCAGAGACAAUCGAGCCUGGAUACCACUUCAGGUGAUCGAGAAUGACGAGUGGCGCUUCGUACGCGCUGAAGAGUACGAUCCAAACAGGCGAGAAGAGUAUCGGCCCUACUACCCGGAACCUACUUAUUUCAUCGAUCGGCCACGAUUAGUCCGCAGGCCAAGGUCAAGGUCACCACCUCACGUCGUCGUCGUCCAUGAGCACAACUAUGAGUCCGGGCCCUACCCAGCAGAGCUGCACAUUCGCCAAGACCAUAGACGCUGGCAAGAUCAAGAAGCUCACAGACCGCCGCGGCCGACUGUAGAGGAUGCACCGGAAGAUGAAGACGACCGAGAGUUUGCUCCCUUGCCGUCCGAGGAAGACGAUGUUCGCGUACAGCGGCCAAGCCGGCAACGGUCCCGGGAAGUCCGCAAUCGCAUCGUGCAAAUAGAUCGUACUCACAAUGUUAGGUUGAAUCGCACCCGCAUUGCCAGAAGCCCCCACACCCGUCAAAUUAUUAUCCGUGGUGGGCAUGGCGCUGACCACAAUUUUGAUGAAGAUUCCGAUGGAGAUGUUCACCAACUCGUUCGAAUGCGGGGAGGUAGUAUCCGACAGCCUCUCACCAAAACGAGCUCUAUAUUAGCAGGCGUAAUUCAGAAAGGCGACUAUGAAACUUCCUCAAAAUACAUAGUCCUCUACUUUUUUCACACCAGCAAGGGAAAAGUCAUAUCAAGCCGGAAACCAGAGCCAUACAUAACAUUCCAAGAACUUGGCGAGAAUCAGCCAGCCGUGAAUGCAGACCAACUUUCCGAUAUGUGGCUGGUCGCAAAGUUGCAGCAGCAUUAUUGGAUGAUCAAUCGUCGACAACGAAGCGCGUUUGAGGAUCUGAUUCGAAUGAAGACAAUUGGUUUCGCAACGUUUAUCCGAUUCGAACGUACCGUCAAGAGAGGCGCAGACACUGGCAACUUUGUCGUCACCGCGAAAGUGCCGGCGGUAUCUGCUGGGGGUGAAGCGGUCUCGCACUUCCUCUACUCCAUGAAAUAUCCGCUUAGAGACGCAAAAAUGAUGCUCUUCCUCCUGGAUCGUCUAGCAGGUACCACACAAGAUGACGAACAUUGCUUCUACGUGGUGGAAAUUAAGGAAACAUUCGACACCAGCAAGAUUUACGUCCUCCUUAUCCUCCUCAUUCUCGUCAGCGCAGGUGCCGGUACCGCCUAUGCUGUCGUGCAGUCCGACCCAUCCACCGGUGUGGCGAUCGCAAGCUUUGUCCUCACCUCCCUCACACUCAUCCUGGCCCUCGUUGCGGCGGGCCAAUGGCUCGGUCUCUCGAAGCCGGACUCUUUCUCCUUUGCGUACGAUUGGGAUGACAACCGUAUCCUGGGCUCCACGGACGCUGAUAAGAUUUUUGGUCCAGGCCCAGGGGUAAUGUAA